AUUACAGUGUGGGAGGGCUGCAUGGAGAUCUGGAGAGACAAAACAAAAGCCACACAUUUCAACCAACAGGCGCUGGUCGCUUUUUUAUUUUUUUUUGAAAAUCAAGAAAAAUUUGAUCAAUUACCCGUACCGAUUACCGUUUAACGGUACAAUUAUAAAAGUUUUGCACCAUGCCUAGUAGCACAUCCCUGCUGGAGGCCGAAGAGGGAGAGUCCGAGGUCCCGCCGCCCCUAGUGCACGCUUUCACCGGUAUGGGCCUUGAGGAUCACCACGGUACCCAGAGCCAGACCCCCGAACAAGCGGACGAGAGCCUCUCCUUCCACCAUCACCAUCACCACCACCACCAUCACCACCAUCUUCUCCCUGCGGUCUCUCAUUUCAACCUCCUCGGUACGGUCCUAGACUUGAAGCCCCUGCCUCUGCAUCGGCCGCCCUCGGGAGAUGAAGUGAACAUGACGGCAGCGCCCGAGGACGAAGAGCCAGAAGUUGAAGCCGACUCCUCGGGCUGCACCGGUAGCUCGUUGCUAGCGCAGGCCCACGUCCACCGCCACCACCCAUCGGGACCGGGUGGCUCCGUGAUGCCGUCCGGGAUGGAGCCCCCGCACGUCGAGACGGUCUUGUUGUACAACGGAGACGAGCGGGACGAUCCUGCGGUCGGCGGCAGCGCCCUACCAUCGGCCAGCAGCAUGGCGAUGCUACCGCCCGGCGUGUACGGGGAGACGGGCUACGAGGCCGAGCCUUCGUUGUUGAGUCGGAGAAAGAGCGUCAACACGACCGAAUGCGUGGCCGUGCCGAGCUCGGAGCACGUCGCGGAGAUUGUCGGCAGGCAGGGCUGUAAGAUUAAGGCGCUCCGGGCCAAGACCAACACCUACAUUAAGACACCGGUGAGGGGAGAGCAGCCCGUCUUUGUUGUGACAGGGCGCAAGGAGGAUGUGGCCAUGGCGAAGAGGGAGAUCCUUUCGGCGGCCGAGCACUUCUCCCUCAUCAGAGCCUCUCGGAACAAGACGGGCCCUCUGUCUGCUGUGACCGGCCCCGGGACCCCCUCUCUACCUGGACAAACGACCAUUCAGGUGCGGGUGCCGUAUCGUGUUGUCGGGCUGGUCGUUGGUCCCAAAGGGGCAACCAUCAAACGUAUUCAGCAGCAGACCCACACCUACAUUGUGACGCCAAGUCGUGACAAAGAGCCAGUGUUCGAGGUCACCGGGAUGCCGGAAAACGUGGACCGUGCGAGGGAUGAGAUAGAGGCCCACAUCGCCCUCCGCACCGGCACCUGCGGAGGUGUUGAGGCUCCUGGUGUCGACAACAACGACUUUCAAUUCAACGGAACAGACGUCAGCUUUGACACGGCUGCAGCAGCAGCAGCAGCAGCAGCAGCAGCAGUUGGGUUAGGGGAGGCUGGUUGGCUUCAUGCUGGUGCCUCAUCACCAGGUGCUGGUGGAGGUGGCAGUGGUGGCAGCUUGCUGCCGAUGGGCAUCAGUGGUACUCAGCGAAUCAAUAGCAAUAUUAACAGUGGUGUCAGGAUGUCUUCCACCUAUCGCAAUGACAGCUCCAGUUCCCUGGGCAGCGGCUCCAGCUCAGCUGAUUCUUUCCACGGCAGUGGGAAUGGUAACCGGGUGGCAGAUUUCAGUCCAACCUGUGCGUUUAACGCCAAUGCUAACAACAACAAUAGCAAUGGUGGCAAUGCAAAUUUCUGGUUUGGUGAGAGCCUUCUUCCUGUUGGGUCUGAGGAGCUGGUCACCCUGGGAGGGGGAAGCUCUUCAUCAGGAUUUGACCCGUUAACCAUCUCCACCACCCAGGCUCCGCAUCCUGGUGCACAGCCACAAAUCUGGAGCCCCUUUGUUGACCACCAACCCCUCCAGGCCUUCGAUGCUCGUCAGUCUCAGACCAGUCAGCCUGGGACGCCCCGGCUCUCUCCAACCUUCUCUGGCACAGAAGCCCUGGAGCACCCUCAGGCCCAGCGUGUUCUCCGAGGGCCGCUUGGCUCCUCUGGGACCCUUGACGCCCACAGGUUCCCCUCCUACAGCUCGGCCUUCUCUUCUUCCAGUGAAAGCACCGCCUCUUCUUCCUCCCCUCCUGAAUCCUCCCUCUCCUAUCGACCAGGGCUCGGAUCAGCAGUGAGAGGACAGGAGAUAUGCAUCCACUGUAUGGAUAACCAGUUUUUAUGUGCUGAAAAAUGGCCCAGCCCCUUUUGCCUCUAUUAUUGUGCUCACAGCAGGAAACUAUGAGGAAAAAAGAAGAGGUGAGCAUGUUUACAUAUAGCGAGUCCCACAUAUGAAUAUGUAUAAAUUAAGUAGUGAUCUGGUUACCACAAGAUUUGAAUGCCUAUUGUCGUAAACUAGAUAUAUACACAGCAAAUGCCACUCUAUCCCAGAUAAUUUGCGUAAUCGUUAUCUGACUUAAACAGGAUUUGUUGUUUACACUCUCCGGAUCAUAAAUCUGAAUGGUUGUGCAUCGCUGUUACACAUUCAAAUACACCCACAGAGGGUUUCGAAACCAAGUGGGUCAAAAUCCGCAACUGCAAAGAUGCCACACUCCAACGGCAGCCUCCUGUUGCCUCAGGUUUCGUACUUUCCCACAUUAUAACCGACAAGCGCGUAACUCCUUUUUAUACGAGGAUGUUGCACCACUACAGUAUCGCCACGUUGCUUUUCAAUUUCUACUUAAAAAGGAAAAAAAAAGAACUGUUUACGGUAAACUUGUGCCUAAUUCCGUUCUGAGUAAACAAAAAGAAACUGGUUCCGCAGACACACGGUGUUGCUCUGUCUUAAAACAAACUUGUGGCCUUUUUGGAAAGCCUGUAAUUUUCUGACAACACUAUCUACAAAUCCAGAUUUUUAUUUUUUAUUUUGCUCAAAGGAACACAAGCUGACAGACUGAGGUCUUAAUGUAUUUGUCGAAGUUCAGUCUCUUAAAUGGAUUUCGUUGGAACAAAGCUUAUCACAGGGAUGUUUUCUUUUGCUUCCUAUUCUCAAAUAUUUACCACCUUUUUGCUCAUUUUUUUUUCUAGCACUGUACACUCCCAUUUCAUACAUUUUCUCUCAUUGUUUUUCUUUUUGCCUUUUUCUGUUUUAUAUCUCGAUUACAUCCUUGUUUGGGAAACCAUUUGCUGGUUUUCAGCUAGAAAGAUAUGCACAACUCGUACCUUUGGUAACAUUCCUCCUCCCAUUUUAUUGCAGAUACUUUUUGUAUUGCUACUUAGUAGUUAGGCCUCACCUGGGAGCCAAAAGAACUGAUAUCUUAUGAAACUAUGAAAGACGGCUGUAAUCUGGAACAAAUCCCCGUACUGUACAGACAUCUCAACUUUCACUUGAACCUCUCCCAACCUGCAGCCAUUUUGUGUCCUUGUUGGGAAGCAGUCAGCGAAAUAAUUCCAUUGGGAUGCAAAAAAUUGGAAGGCCACCCAUAGCUUUACUGUGCUAUUAUUUAAUCCCAUGUCUUGUCAGCGAGGCCUAUGCAAAAAUAGUCUCCGUAUGAUAACCAGUUGAGUUAAACCACUCUGGUUUUCUGUUACAGAGCUCAAACAAUCUCGGGCAUAAACUUGUAGACGGACACACUUCAUUUCUGUUUCUCUGCUACAUUUCAGUUGGGGUCAACAUUCAUCACGUGCUCUGACACGAUGAUCAGAUGUUUCAAUGGUACAAACUUUCAUGUUCAGCUCAUUUGCUUUUGUCCUGUGCCCCUACUAAGCACAGUUGCUCCCCAUAUCUUAUCACACUAUUGACUGGACGGGACACCAAAAACAUCAUUUUCUGUUUUCUUGCCCCCGCUGCCCCUCUCCACGUGUACAUCUGUCCGUUCCUCCACCUGAAAAGCGAAGAAAAGGUACAAAUUGGUGGAAAUCAUCUCAAAUCUUAGCUUUAAACACCAGUGUCUCUAGACUUUGUUUUACAGGAUUGAACGCGUUGAUGGACUUCUUUUUUUUUUCCAAAUGGGGAAGCAGCUGGAAUGAGUUCAUCUCGGACUGUGCUGACACUACAUGAGGUCAAUACUGUUGCUUUACUCUGUGGACAUUGGACUCCAGCAUUCCAGCUGUAAACAGUAUUUGGGAGUUAUUCCAUCGCUUUGCUCUGUUUCCUGAAUAUCGCUGAAUAUCUUUGGUUGAGCCGUCUUGAGGAAAUGGAACCAAACGAGUCCCAAAAGUGCAAAAAAAAUGAAACCCCCCCCACCUGCUUCUCGCCCCCUGUGGUCCUCUCUCCGUCCUUUUUAUUUGACUUCUCAGAUCUAUGAAAGGGUUGAUCUCUCUUUGCUCUCUUUCUCCCCCUGAGGGAAUGCAAUACACUGUCGGCCCUCAGUUUAUUUGACAUGAAUCUCUUGACAUUUUUGUGUAUGUAUUAUAUAAUAUUACUGUUAAUGACUGAAAUAUACAGAAUUAUUUUUAUUUUGUUACAUUUCAUAUAUAUACAUAAAUAUAUCUAUAUUACAAUGUUUACAAUAAGAUUUUUAAUUUUUUUUUUUCUUUUUCACUUUUCUUUGAGUGAUUAAGUGAAUGAAGAUUUGGAGAACAGAAAUGUUGCAGGAGGGUGUCAAUGCUAUCUGCUUGUAGUCUAGUUAUUAGUUUACAGUAUUGAUGAUAUUAGUAUUGAUAGCUGCCGUUUUAACCCAGUGGAAAAAUGGAAUGUGCAUCACGAGCAUGUCUUCAUAAUGUACCGCCAAUGUAAAACGUCACACUGCAAUUGUAAAAAGGCCAAGGAUUCAAGCUGCCUGUCAUGUCUGUACGCCACCAAAUUAAGAACGGUAUACUGUAAAAUGUAUCUUUAGAUUAUCUAUAUAUAAAUACAUAUAUUGUUAAGCUGUACCAACAGUUCAAAGUAUUUGCUAAUUUUACUACACUUUUGUUUUGUAUAUGUAGGGGGAGUCUUAUGGCAUAUAAAUUCUUCAAAUUGAUCAGGAGUUUAAAAGCAGACUAUAUUUUAUAACGGCCUUUUAAGUUAUUGCGGCCAAAGCACUGAUAUUAUAUAUUUGCUGUAAAGAGAAUUUAAGAGUUUUAUUUUUCUGAUAUUAAAGUUACUUAAUAAAGACGGUUUCAUUUAAAGCCA